CGUAUCCUCUCCGAGGGCCUUGUGAAGUGGAUCAGGAUAGUGGAAUUGCGCGCCCCUGUAUCCAGACUCUUAGGAGGUGUUUCAGUGGCAGAUGCUCAAAAUGUCAUCAGAGUACUCCUACUGCAGCGAGGGCGGCUUUGACGAGAUGUCGAGCUCAUCAGAUUCAGGAUUCGACGUCAGCUUCGAGUCGCCAAAGCACGAGCUGCCGGCGGACAGGCUAAUCUUCCCUAGUGGUAAGGAAGAGAAACGAAAGAAGACACGCAACUCUCGCUGCAAGAGUCCCACGCAGGUCCUGCGCAUAAAACGUAACCGACGUAUCAAGGCCAACGAUCGCGAACGCCAUCGCAUGCACACCCUGAACGAUGCCCUGGAGAGGCUUCGCAUGGCCCUCCCGACCUUCCCCGAGGAUACCAAGCUCACGAAAAUCGAGACGCUGCGCUUCGCUCAUAACUACAUUUGGGCCCUGCAGCAGACGCUUGGGAGCGCUGCUCCAUCCGGAGAAAUAACCCUGAGCGUGGGCAACGUAACAGUAAGCAUCGGCGAGAGUGGCAACAUGAUAACUUCAUCGACGGGAAGCUGCGCCGUCGCCGCCCAGAAACGGCUCGGGCCCGGUGGCCAUCCACUUGCAGGGGUCUACUGUCCGGGUAUGAAUCAGAGCCACCAGCUCGACUGGCCCUCGGAGUACGACUGCUACUCCAGCGAGCAGAGCGUCAGUCCACCUCAGCACCUCCAGGUCCAUCUUCCCCAGCAACCGAUGCACAUGCAACAACAACAACAACAACAACAACAACAACCACCACCACCACUACCACAACAGCCACAGCACCAGCAGCAACAACAUCACGCAGACAACAAACCACGUGGCAUACACGGGCCCGACGGCCUGCUACGACCAGAGGCUCUAUCACUUCGACCGCCAGGACGUUUAUCAGUGCCUCUAGUGCUUCUAGAGGUGCGUCCCCUGGUGGAUGUUCUUGUUACGUAA